AUGUACAUCCUCUUCACUGUGUUGGCAGGACUGGCUCUUCUGGCCUUUACUUUCGUCAAAACAUUCUUCCCGUACUUUGGAGAUGACUGCUCCUACAUCCUGAGGAGCCUGAGGCUGGGAAUGAGACUGAUCAGGUACAAGAAAAUCAAACCCUUCUACAGCAUCUUGGAUUGUUUCCUAGAUGCAGCGAGGAGACACCCUGCAAAGACUUUUGUGCACUUUGAGGGCCAACAGUUUUCUUAUGGAGAAGUGGACAAACAGAGCAACAGGGUGGCCAGAGCUCUGCAGGCUGCAGCCCAGCUGAAGGAGGGAAACACUGCUGCUUUGUUUCUGCCCAAUGAGCCCGCUUUCAUAUGGACCUGGCUGGCUCUGGCCAAACUGGGCUGUACAGCAGCUCUGCUCAACUUUAACAUUAGGUCCAAGUCUCUGCUGCACUGUUUUUCCUGCUGUGGUGCUAAAGUCAUCAUCACAUCUACAGAGCUGCUGGACGCUGUGGAGGAGGUUCUUCCUGUGCUCAGAGAGCAGGGGAUCCGUGUGUUUCUGCUGUCAGACAGCUGCAGUAUUCAAGGUAUUGAGUCCCUGUCUGAACAGGUCAGCCAGGCCUCAGAUCAGCCUCUGUCCUGGGACCUCAGAGCCAAUGUCAGCAUCAGAAGCACCGCCCUGUACAUCUACACAUCUGGCACCACAGGUUUGCCUAAGGCAGCUGUGGUCACUCAUGAGCGGGUGUGGGCUGCCUCCUUCCUGCAGGCUGCAUGUGAAGUCACAGCAGACGACAUCUUCUACAUCAACCUUCCUUUGUAUCACAGUGCCGGCUUCCUCAUCGGAAUGGCCGGAGCCAUAGAGCGAGGUAUGACCAUCGUUUUGAGGAGAAAGUUCUCAGCCUCUCAGUUCUGGGACGACUGCAGGAAACAUAAUGUGACAGUGAUGCAGUACAUUGGGGAAACAAUGCGCUAUCUGUGCAACAUGCCCAAGAAAGACAAUGAGAAGGACCACAAGGUGAAGCUGGCCAUCGGAAACGGAGUUCGCAAAGACAUAUGGACAGAGUUUCUGAACCGCUUCGGAGACAUUAAAGUCAGAGAGCUUUACGCUGCCACAGAGGGGAACAUUGGCUUCAUAAACUACACGUCCAAGAUUGGGACAGUAGGACGGGAGAAUAUUCUCCAAAAGAUGUUCUUUCCUCACGCUCUGAUCAAGUUUGACAUUGAUACAGAAGAACCAGUCAGGAACUCUGAAGGCCUGUGUAUCGAAGCAGCCAGAGGUGAGACAGGACUGUUGGUGGGGAAGAUAACGCAGAGGUCUCCAUUCAUUGGCUACGCUGGGAACAAGCAGCAGACAGAGAAGAAGAGGCUCCGUGAUGUAUUUAAAAAGGGAGACUUGUACUUCAACACAGGUGAUUUGCUUCGGAUUGAUGAGGACAACUUUGUCUACUUCCAGGAUCGAGUCGGUGACACAUUCAGAUGGAAGGGAGAAAAUGUCGCAACAUCUGAGGUGGCAGACAUUCUAAUGAUGGCUCACUGCAUACUGGAGGCAAACGUCUAUGGUGUGAAAGUUGAAGGUCAUGAAGGUCGCAUCGGUAUGGCAGCAGUCACUCUGAGAGAAGGAGAAGAGUUUGACUGUUCUGAUGUCUACAAACAGGUCGUCAACUACCUGCCCAGCUACGCCAGGCCUCGCUUUAUCAGAUGCCAGCCAUGCCUGGAGAUGACUGGGACAUUCAAGAUGAAGAAAGUGAAGUUGGUAGAGGACGGAUUCAAACCUACUCACAUUAAGGACCCUCUCUACUUCCUGGAUACCCAGAAAAAGACUUAUGUUCCCCUAACUGAGGAGAUCUGUGAAGAAAUAGCCUCCAGGAAAAUCAAUCUCUAACCCAGGAACUAUAGUCUGUCUUCAUAGAUUUAAGGAGACACUUAUGGACUUUCUUUUUUUUUUUUAACUCAAUCCACUAAUCUCAGGGGACUUGAACAAACAUCCAUCUCAGCAGUUUUGUACAUGUGGACAAUUUGAUGUACAGUUGUCUUCUAUUGCCAUUGUUGUACUUUUAACAAUUAAACUCAAAUAAUUUAAUCCCCACUUUUUUAGUUCAUGAGUUGCUAUGGUUUCAGGUUUACCGUCAUAAUGUGUCAAAUCCCAAUGUAAAGCUAGAAUUAUUAUACACAGGUCGGACUGAAGGUACAAUACCAUAUUUCUGAACUAUUUCUGACUGUUUUAUAUUCAAAUAAAGAAAAGAAAAA